AACAGAAGUUGUUAUCACGGGAAACCAAAAGCUGUAGACAUGCAAGCAGCGUUUGUCUAGAGAAAGUAGGAAGCGGAUUCCACUAAAAAUGUCGUGGCUAAUGCUAUUGAAAUGGAUGGAAACUAACUGAAUUAAGAAAUUAAUAUUUUUGUCAUGUAGGAAAAAUAUUUGUAUUUCACAUAUAUUUGCUGUCACGUGUAGGCUUGCACCUUGUACGUGUGCUUCUUGCAAAACAGUACAAAAGAAAUGAAAGAUAGUAAAUGACAAAAAGCCUGCAACACAGUAACUACCGGAAACACCAUUUCACCCUAAAUACGACGCUCGGCCCUCGCACUGUGGAGCAGGCCUUUUCAAGUAUGGCGAACGUUGUCGUUCCCUGCCUGCGCAGGUUUGGGUCAUUUUCUCUGAGGCCCAGUAUUGCUGCUGUUAUCCAUAAGAAGUACUUUCACCAGAGAACAAACACUGAGCCUGCAAACAGCCUGAUUCCGGUGAGAGAGAAAAGCACUGCAGUAGCCCCCAAGUCUGCAGCUGCGCCGAGCAGCAAAGGGGAAUAUGUCAUUGCCAAACUGGAUGAUCUGGUGAACUGGGCGCGCAGGAGCUCCUUGUGGCCCAUGACAUUUGGCCUCGCCUGCUGCGCUGUGGAGAUGAUGCACAUGGCAGCCCCUCGCUACGACAUGGACCGCUUCGGAGUGGUGUUCAGAGCCAGCCCCAGGCAGGCCGACGUCAUGAUAGUCGCUGGCACCCUGACAAAUAAGAUGGCCCCUGCACUCCGCAAGGUGUAUGACCAGAUGCCAGAACCUAGAUAUGUCAUUUCAAUGGGAAGCUGCGCUAAUGGUGGGGGCUAUUACCACUAUUCCUACGCUGUGGUGCGAGGCUGUGACCGCGUCGUUCCCGUAGACAUUUACGUUCCAGGCUGCCCCCCCACGGCAGAGGCUCUGCUCUACGGCACUCUGCAGCUGCAGAAGAAGAUAAAGCGUGAGAAGAGACUGAGGAUUUGGUAUCGCAAGUAAAGCCACCACCUGCUUUUCUUGCUUAAUACACCUGUUCCUGGUUUGUAGUUUGUUUCCUGUAAAUCUGGCCGACAGGUGACUUUCUUUGUAAAUCCCGUAGAGGUGCUGCCUUUACCUGUAAUGCUAAUAAAUUAAUCUUGUACAUUG